AUGACGGACGCCUCGAACCUGGCGUUGACGCUGGAGGUGGGGGCAUUGCAAACGCCGCAUCCCGGACCUUGCGAGUCCGUCAUCUUUCCUUUUGCAGUGAAGAUUAUUGACAAGAAACAUAUAUGCCCGACGGUGCUGUUCGCGGACUCUCAGGAUGACGUCGCGAACGCCCUUCACGGGCUUCUCGCGCUGGAGACGCAGCGGGAUGAGUACGCGCGUCGCCGAGAGCACGACUGGGCUAAGAAAGCGAUCGCCACCGCGCAGCUCUUUCGACGGAGUUCAGACCCAACCGCCGCGAAGGACCCGCAGACGGGCGUCGAAUCCGUUCAGGUCGGCAGGCUGGCGAUGGAGGGAAGUCCAUCUGUAGACCGAUCCCGGCGUAGCGAAGACGCUGCUCGGACCACGCCACUCCACAACGCCCCGACCACGCUGGAGGAGGAUGGGUAUCCGGAGUCCUCGCAAUCGUCGUUCACGCAGCCGGAACGUGAGCUUCAGGCCGUCCGCGAGCGCCAACGGCAUCGCCUGCUCGCCUACCUCCCCUCCGAGCUGCGGCGGGAGUACACGAGGGAAGUCCGUCGCCGUCGCCAGCAGCAGUGCGAGGUGAACAUCCUUCUUACCAUCCAGCAUCCGAACGUUACGCGGGUGUACGAGGUGUUCGACAGCGCCGAUCGUCUGGCGUUGUUGAUGGAAAGGGUAACCGGCGGGGAGGCGUUGGAGCUCCUCCAAUCCACGCCCCCCCCUCCGGACGUUCUCGACGAUGGCGACGGGCUCUAUGCAGGGGGCCCGCUGCCGGAGUUCGUCGUGAAGAUGAUCAUCGUCCAGGUCCUCGAGGCGGUGCAUUAUAUCCACUCCAUGGGCAUCAUCCACCGGGAUCUGAAGCUGGAGAAUUUGCUCAAGCAGCCAUACCGCGUGCCGGUUUUGUGUGCGCGGCAGCUGGAGGUGUUCUGUUGGAAACUGGAGCGACUCCUCCACCUCGGUGUGGCGAAGAAAGAAGAAGAGGAGGAAGAGGCGGCGGCAGCGGCAGCGGCGAUGGACUCUGCGAUGGGGUCAAUCGACGCGCACGGCAACCCUUUUUCCCUCCUCCACACCGUCCACCUCCCACGAGGGCUGUGGCCGGUCGUGAAGAUCACCGAUUUCGGCCUUUCUCACAUCCACCCGACGCGUGGGGUGGAGUCUUCCCAGGCCGAUCCCGCGCGCUCCUUCUACGCGGAGAAUCUCAUGAAAACGGCGUGUGGCACCCCUGUCUACGCCGCGCCGGAGAUCCUCCGGCCGGAGCUCCGCGCCGGGCAACGGGGGUACUCCGCGGCGGUGGAUCUUUUUUCGGUGGGCGUCAUCGCCUACGCGUUGUUGACGGGGCGGACGCCGUUUCCCAUCCGCGCGGACCCCUCCCAGCGUCGGUUUCCCUCGAAAUUGCCGGAGAUCGACUACGACGCGGUGCCGUCGUGGGAGCGCUAUCGGAGACUCCACGGGGAGGACGAGGGGAGCUUCUAUGGGAGCCCGUGCAUGCCGCUCCCGACGCUCGCGCUGGCGGAGCCGAUUUCGUGCAGGGGGGGCGGUGCGGGCGAGGAGGAGGGGGAUGGGGGGGCGCGGUGGUUUCGCGAGGCCCGCCGCACGCGGCCAUCGCCCACCGCGGUGGAAACGAUCCUCCACGCCCUGCGCGAUCACGCGCGCGAGCGACGUGGGAAGCGGCUGGAGCUGGAUCUUGAGCGUUGGGUGGUCGCCUCGCAUCGCGCGCAGGGGUCUUCAGGAGGGGGGGGGAUUCUUUUGCUUCGUGGGUGGCGUCCGACCUCCCCGGGCGGCGCGCGCUGCCGCCGAUCUCCUCCCUCGGGCGGUCUUUUCUCCGGGCGCUUCUGA